AUGGGAGAAGUUGUGCGUAUAGUGGUGUUUGUGAUGGCUUUCAUCAGCUGCAACGCCCUCCUGGAUCUGUCUGGUGUCCAUGAGGUCAAGGGCACAUGGAUGGGAUCCACCACUUUACCAUGUACCUACUUGCCCUCAGAAGGUUUCACACAGCAAACGCUCACCUGGAGCAUGGAGCGAGACCGUAGCACCUCUACCAUCUUUCGGAGGGACACUUCUGGUGACCACGUCUUGUUGUCUCGGUUCCGAGACCGGGUUAGCGUCCCAGAGCACAGCCCAGGGAAUGCCUCACUCUUAAUUGAGAACCUGGAAAUCCCCGACAGCGGACACUACACCUGUCAAGUCACCUGGAGAUCUAAAGAUAACAGCCUGAUAACAAAGGAGGUGACCACUAUGGUUAAAGUUGUCAAAGUGGCAGUGACCAAGCCUGUCAUCAGGGCCGGCGAGCUGGGGCUGACGGUCCCGGCAGGAGCCAGGACCAGCCUGACCUGUGUGGCCAGCGGGUCCCCCCCCAUCAGCUACCGCUGGUUCAGGGGCACCCCAGGAGGGAAGGGCCUGCUCCUGAGCAGCCAGGCCGAGCUGGCGUGGGACAGCCUGCAGCCCUCCGACGCCGGGAAGUACUACUGUGAGGCAGAAAACAGGGUUGGGGCCGGGGCUGUGCAGCAGAGCGACGCCGUUGAGCUGACCGUGACAGAGUCCCCAGUCACACCGCAGCCCAGCCCUGAGACUGGUGGGAACAGCAGACCCCUGCUCAUCCCCCUGAGCGAUGCGCCCCAGCGAGUGCCCACGA